GUCUGUCCGUCCGCCACCUCCCCGACAAUCUAUGAAUAGGAACAAAAUAGAGCAAUCACAGAAGAAGAAGAAACGAUCAUCCACCUCAUUCCCGUGGCGUUUCUUUCGUUCUUUCGUUUGCUUGCCCGCUUUGCCGAUCGCCAGCUUCGCCUCCCGUAAAUUACGCCUCCCUCCCUUUCUUCCCAUUCCGAACGUCUCCCCUCGCAACACAGCAAAAACAUGUGGGGAACAUGCUAUGUUACCACAAACUCAAACUCGAAACACCAAACAAUGCAUCGAUGACGACUGCAUUAUGUACCUUUGCACUUCGUCCGUCCCAACGGUGUGUAUACCUGCGCCUAGGUACCGUAGCAACGAACGAACGAAGGAAGGGAAGGAAAGGGACUUAUAUGCAAGGCCGGACCAGCCAAUCCCGAAUGCGUAGGGAAGACGUUACUAGCUACGAGAAGGUAAGCUUCGCUUCGAUCCGUACCGCGCCGUUGCGAAAGGGUCCAGUCAUGGUUGACUAUCCAUGAAGGGGAAGGGUAGAGAAACAGUGAGAUAGCAUUGGAAGGCUGUAGUCUCCUCGUGGUCUCAAUGUAUAUCAUUGAAUGGCGGCGACAUGCGCU